UAUAGAGGUUUGAAGCAUCAAGGCAGAAAUGGUUUCAAUGUCAAAACCUCGAGCAGGAAUGAGAGAUAGGAUAAGUGUAUUACCAGAUGCACUUCUUUCUCACAUUCUCUCUUUCCUGCCAACACUAUGUGCUGUGAGGACCAGCAUUUUGUCUGUAAGAUGGAGGAAAAUGUGGACUUCUCUUCCCAAUCUAGACUUUGAUGACGUAAGAGAUUCAUUUGAUGUCCUGAUAGAUCCCAAUGGCAAGAUUACUUUUACGACGUUUGUUGAUCGUGUAUUUCUAUACUGUGAUUCAUCCGACAUUAGAAAGCUUGGUCUUAAAAUAUUGUAUUCUAAAGAUUUUUCUCGUAUCAAUGAUUGGAUUUGCACAGCCGUUUGGCGUAAUGUUGUUGAAAUUGAUCUUUGUCUCUCUUGUCAAGAAGAGGAUUUUCAGUUCCCCCAGAGCCUUUUCAUGUGCAAAACUCUGAAGGUUUUUAAAUUGUAUUCAAAUCUUAGGACCAUUAAGUAUCCUCCUCCUUUUCCAGGGUGUUUUCCAAACCUUAAGUUCCUCCAUGUUGAAUUUGAUUAUCCGGAUCCGGACUCACUGAAGAUUUUGUCUACUCGCUGCCCUAUGCUUGAAGAGUUGGCUAUAUUUGGAUCAAUUGAGUUUGGCGCUGUUUGUGAUAUCAACGUAUUUGCGCCUGAAUUGAAGAAGUUGAGAAUAGGUGUGCAUGAUCUUGAUGGGAACUGCAAUUUUUCUAUUAAUGCCCCAAAGCUUGAAUACAUUGAUAUUGAGGCAGCUUGUCUAUCAAGUUAUUAUUUGGAAAAUGCAAAAGGCCUAGUCACUGCCAGUAUUUUGUAUUGUGGAGUUGAAGAAGAAUACCAACUGUUCUUUCUCAACCGUUUAGCUGCGCUUCUGUCACAAAUAACAAAUGUCAAUCAUCUCUCUCUUGACAUUUGUGAUCCUUGUCUUGAGGUUUGGCAUCAUCCUUUUUAUUUCAGUAAUUUGAACCAAAUGAAGCUGGUACUUCGUGAUUCCCAUUACUGGGAAGUACUAGCACUGCUGCUCACAAAAUCACCUAAACUCGUAAAUCUUAUCUUAGUAGAUAAUACUAUAUUUCGUGAUGAUGAGCAUUCAUUGCCACAAUGGGAGCAACCAGAGUCUGUUCCUGUUUGUUUGUUGAGAAACUGUCUAAAUGUGGUCACUAUAGGCCAAAUUCAGUUGCUUAAUGGAUGGAAUUAUAAGAAGUGGAGAAACCAAGUUGAAUUUUAUCUGUCUAUGCAUCAAAACAUGGAUCUUUGCUUGAUUGAGGAACAACCAUUAGAGCUAGACACUGAGAGCACAGAAGAAGAUAGAAAAUACUAUAAGGAGUGGUAUAGCUCCAACAGGAAAGCCAAAAAUGUGAUAAGAACCUCUAUGUCUGACACUGUUAGGGGCUCGAUCAUUGAGCCAGAGCUUGCCAUGGAUUUCCUAGAAGCCAUAGGAGAUAAAUAUCAGGAGAGUGACAAAGCUGAGGCUGCUAGGCUAUCCAAAAGAUUUAAUGAGCUGGAGUUUUCAGGAAAAGGAAGUGUGAGGGAGCACAUUAUGGAGCUGAUUGACCUCAACUCGAGGCUGAGGGAUUUAGACAUGGGAGUUAAAGACUCUCAGAGGAAGAGAGAAUCAGGAAGGAAGGUAGACCAACUACUGCAGUCAAUCUAG